UUUUGGUGAAACGCAGGGACGGAGAGGCACAGAGGCGCGUACGUGGGAGGGGAAUUUCGUCGUUAAACUCAGUUCAGUUACCUGAAUCACUCACUGUGAUUGAUGAGGUUUUAUGAAUCGCGAAACUUCGUGUGAAUGGUUUUGUUUAGAGUCGCACUUAGUUAACGGUGCAUUUCUUCGGUUUGGAAAGUGGAAGAAGGAAGAAAAAAGACGGAGGUCAAGAGAGGCCUAGUGAAAAGAGUACGCCGAGACGAAAUUGUUGUGGAAGCCAUUGGAGUAAACACAAUCACAUUUUCACAGUGAGCUAAACAGCAGUAUGGCGGACGAUUUUGAUAUUGAAGCUAUGCUUGAGGCUCCUUAUAAAAAGACUUGCCUAACGAUAUCUCACCUCUACUCCCAUGAAUUCCAGUGUGAACUGUCAAAAAAGAAAGGAUGAGGUCAAGCCUACUAGUGCCAAUGGACACGAGGAACGCAGUAAGAAGAAAAAGCGGAGUAAGAGUCGCAGCCGGAGCCGCGACAAGCGCAGAAGCAGGAGUCGGGAGCGCAAGAGAAGCCGGGACAGGAAGAAGAGCAGGAGCAGGGAGAGAAAGCGCAGUCGCAGCAGAGAGAGGCGCCGCAGCCGGUCACGCAGCCGAGAACGCGGCGGCCGGUACAAAGCCCGCAAGAGCCCCUUUUCUGGGCCGAAAUUUAACGGUGGUUCCAGGGGGAAGAUUGGCCCACCACCAGCCAUCAAACAAAGUCGAAGACGUUCCAGAAGCCGGAGUCCUUUUAAGAAAGAUAAGAGCCCAGUGAGGGAGCCCAUUGACAACUUGACACCCGAAGAGAGGGAUGCGCGUACAGUGUUCUGCAUGCAGCUGGCAGCCAGAAUCAGACCUCGCGAUCUGGAGGAGUUCUUUUCAGCAGUGGGAAAGGUGAGAGAUGUGAGAAUGAUUUCAGACAGGAACUCCAGACGGUCAAAGGGGAUUGCUUACAUUGAGUUUGUUGAAGCAAAUUCAGUGCCAUUGGCAAUUGGCUUGACUGGGCAAAGACUCCUGGGGGUGCCCAUCAUUGUCCAGGCUUCACAGGCUGAAAAGAACAGGGCUGCUGCGAUGGCCAACAACUUACAAAAGGGCAAUUCUGGACCAAUGCGGCUGUAUGUUGGCUCCUUACAUUUCAAUAUCACAGAAGAUAUGCUCCGAGGAAUCUUUGAGCCUUUUGGAAGGAUCGAAAGUAUUCAGCUCAUGAUGGACAGUGAGACUGGAAGAUCCAAAGGAUACGGCUUUAUAACAUUUUCAGAUGCAGAAUGUGCUAAAAAGGCACUGGAACAGCUGAACGGAUUUGAGCUGGCCGGCCGGCCGAUGAAAGUGGGACAUGUUACAGAACGCACAGACGCUUCCACUGCCAGCUCCUUCUUGGACAGCGACGAGCUGGAGAGGACCGGCAUUGACCUGGGAACAACUGGCCGUCUGCAACUCAUGGCCAGGCUUGCUGAAGGCACUGGUUUACAGAUUCCCCCAGCAGCCCAGCAAGCCCUACAAAUGAGUGGAUCAAUUCCUUUUGGUGCCAUGGCAGCUGUAACUGAUUUACAAGCAAGGUUGACUCAGCCCCCUGAAGCAGCUGCCAUCAACCCUGCGUUGAACUUGAACCUGAAUAUGAAUGUGAACACUCCUCUGAAUCUACCAACACAACCGAUUGCUACGCAUUGCUUCCAGCUGUCGAAUAUGUUCAAUCCUCAGUCGGAAGUUGACCCUGGCUGGGAUGUGGAAAUUCAAGAUGAUGUCAUCGAAGAAUGCAACAAACAUGGCGGGGUUGUACACAUAUAUGUGGACAAGAAUUCAGCUCAAGGCAAUGUGUAUGUGAAGUGUCCAACCAUUCCUGCUGCCAUGGCUGCCGUGAAUGCACUACAUGGAAGAUGGUUUGCAGGUAAAAUGAUCACAGCUGCAUACGUUCCUCUCCCAACGUACCACAAUCUUUUCCCGGACUCGGUGGUGGCUACUCAGCUUCUGAUGCCUUCUCGCCGAUGAUUCAGUAAAGCGAGAAAUCCAUUAGACUGAAUGCCCGUUUUUUGGAUUGUACAUACUUGGAAGCCUGUUUCUCAUUUAUUUUGACACUUGGACAUCUUACUGAUCUAGGAUCAGCUCUCCAAACCUGAGUAGCAAAUUCUGGCACACUUGUCCUUUUGUUUUUUCCAUGUCUUCUGGAGAAUACAGCCUCUCUUUCCACUACAUGUCAUUUUGUGUAGGCCUCUCCUAAAAAGGAGUUGGCAGUUAGAUACUGGGCUUCAUUUGUGUUACCACAUCUGAACAUGAUUUAGACAUUGUGCGUGAAGUUUACACAUGCAUAAUAAAGGGACUAGUUUUAUGUACAGCUUGCCUGUUGGUCUUUAACCAUGGGCCAUUUUAUCAUCUCUUGUAAAAUUUUUUUGUACAUACACUUGAAAUGUUUUUCACUGAGAGUGUAGAAUUGAGAUGCCUUCAAACAACCAAAAAUCAUAUUUUGAUCUUUUUGAGGAGAGCAAACAUUGUAAUUUUACCUGUCCAUCUGCAUAUUCAAUGUUUUCAGCUCUAUGAGCUCUGAAAUCUAAUUGACUAUUAAUUUGUUUUAAUUUGGA